UGAGACAUAUUGACUUGGAGGGCAUGGGGACGAAAGUCUGGGCACCGCAGGCACAGAGUUAGAAACCACAGUGUUGGAGACUCUGCACUUGAGUAAUUACCUGAAGGAUUCGGCAGUCAAUUUUAUUUUUCUUUAGAUCCAAGAACUGUGGGAUUCAAGUCUAAGGGUGAAAAGCUGAGGCCAAAUCUUUCAAAAGGCAACAGGGGUAGCUGCUAAUGCAAUAUGAUCCUCCGGUACUCGCUCUAAAAAUACCAUCUAGCCAGGAGUACAUGCACAAGCUUCGUUCGCCUAAUUGGACAAAGAUUAACCGUUUUGUCUUCCGUUUCUCUAAUUGGACAUCUCAAGGAUGUGAGAAACAUAUUCCACAACAUUUGUGAUGUAUAGGAAAACUUCUGCACUCCAAUUUUUUUGACAUUUUGACAAAAAUUCGUACAUUCGGGUAUAGAUUUUCACUCUUCAAAAGAGUCAUUUGAUAUGUAAGUAUUACAUUUGACUUAGUUUUGUAUUUUGUGACAUCUGCUCGAGUGUUUGGAAUAUGUUUACCACAUCAAAGCACCAAAUUAUGAAAAGCCAUUUUAUUUAUGGACAGUCAUAAUUCUGAAGCUUUAAUCAGUUUACUACCGUGCAGCAGUUUAUAACAAAGCUCUCCACUGGAUCAUGAGGAAGGCUGAGGUGCAGAUGACCCUGAAGAAGGGUGCUGAUGAAGAAGCUGGACGAAUGGCUCCUCCAAGCCCCAGGAUACCAUCGAAACGGGCAAAAGUUAGUUCUGAGCAGGUCGUACCAGAUUCCUCUGCGUCUGUCUACCCUACUCCAACUCCUCCAGUGUUUAUCCGGAAGAUGAGGAACGCUGCGGUGGGUACUGGCUGUGAUAUCCGUUUGAAAGUGGCCGUGGCUGGAGACCCACAGCCUACUUUGUACUGGUACCACAACGAUGACCUGCUCAACAUGGACAACCAGGAAUAUGGAGGCCUGUGGAUCAGGGACUGUAAACCCAGCGAUGCCGGCCUUUAUACCUGCAUCGCCACCAACCAUCUUGGAGAGGCCAGAAGCAGUGCAGUCCUAGCCGUUUUGGAUUUGGGUGAAGACUCUGAGACUACAGAAGACGAAGCCGCUGAGCCACAAAUACCCCUGGAGGCCAAAGAAGGAGCCAGAGGUUUUCAGGAUGAGGCCCAACGAGUGCCUGCAGGUGAGAGAAUGAUGGAUGUCGCCCCAGAUGCGAGCAAUCGCUGGGCCGCUGGUGAGAGCACAGUGUUGGAGAGAGAAGCUCUAGCCUUGGGAUCGAGAGCCCCAGGGCCGCAGUCUGCCAGGAGCCCAUCUGACGAAGUUUUGAGGGAUUCUCCCCCUCAAGUCCUUCCACCCCCUUCCCCCAAAUUUGGCCGCUCUACUGCCUCUCCUUUGCUCAGCCGUUCUGGUUCGGGCCCUGCCACACCCCUUGCCCCUCGCAAGAAAGUUGUCGUGCCAACUGAAUAUCAAGACACAGUACCAGGAGAGUUUGAGGAGAAGAUUAAGCAACCCAAAUCCUCUGGCAUGUCUCAGAGUAGUGCUCAAGACUCUCGACCCCAAACCCCUGUCAGUGAGUAUUCCCGUAAGGAACUUACACUUCGGCCCUCACCAAAACUGACAAGAGCUAGCUCCAAAAUCUUUGAGAAGGUGCGAGUCUUCGAAGAGCGCAGGAGAAGCAUUGAUAACCCCGAUGGAUCUAUAUCUGGACGUUCUUGGGCUGGAUUUAACAGAGCUUCAUCUAUCGACUCUGAUGAAGGAGGGAGCAGGUUGGGCAUCUCCAGGGAGAGCUCCAAAGAAGACCUUCGUGAGGCUUUGAAGGCAGAUGCAGCCCAAAGAAGGACCAUGUUUAAGCAGCGGGCUGCUUCCCUGGAGGACAGACCUCGUUACACCCAGAAGGUGCAGGACAUUGAGAACAAGUUCACAGAGGAGCUCCAGCGCAUCAAAAAGCUCGUCGGCAAACCACACAUGAAGAAAUCCUUCUCAACAGAGCAGCUCUCUACUUGUCACAGAAGCAGGCAGCCUGUAAGAAAGUUAGAGCCCAUCCCACCUCAGGUCCUUCAAAAGCUGCAGGACAGAGAGCGUGCUCAGCUAGCUCAGCUAGAGCAAGAGAUGAGAGAGCGAGACCAAGGCAAAGAACGAUCACCUCCGAAAUCGCCAUCUCGCAGAAGGAAAGAUCAUCUGGCACAACAACCACCAGAAAGAGCUGAGACCAAGGUGGUAAGCACAAUCGGACAUGAACCAUCCCCUCCAGAGGCCAUGUCACUCUCUGAUUUACCAGGUCAAAGAUCUCCAAGAUUUCGGGGUCCAAGCCCAAGCAGAGAUAGUACUCGAAGGUCUCCAACUGUAGAGAUUAGUGCCAUGGCUGAGGAGCGCUCUCGAGGAAGAGCUGAAUCUCCAUCAAGAAAUGUUUUGGAGAUGACGUUACGCAAGGUUGAGCCAAGACCUGCAAGUCCACUGGUAAAGAGGGUGGUUCGUGUUCAAGAAGUUCCACAAGCAAAUGAUGAGUCCAUGCAAAGAAAGACACCAAUAGAGGUCACGCUGAGAAAACUGGAAAGAAGGCCUGAAAGUCCUCUGGUGCAAGGAGAAACCGUAGCCAUUCAAGACUUCCCUCUUCAAGCUCCCCCCAAACCUCCAAGAGUUUCCUCAUCUUCCUCGUCUGAGGAGAAGAUGGAGCUGGAUGUGACUCCUUCUCCACCCCCACAAAAACUUACUAUACCAAAAAUUAUUAUUGAAGAAGAGCCCAUGGAGACAGACACACCUGCUGAGAAGACUGAAAAGGCUGUAAAAGUUGGCACUGGUAAAGAUGAAAAGCCUCAAAGAUCCAGAGGAAGAGGACGCAGACAAAGACCAAUGUCCCCUGAAUUAGAAUCUUCGGACGACUCCUAUGUGUCUGCAGGAGAGGAUCCUCUAGAAGCUCCUGUGUUCGAGUUUCCACUUCAGGACACUGUGGCCUCCACUGGAACAGAGGUGCUUUUAAAAUGCAUCAUCAGUGGCACCCCUCUCCCUGAAGUUACAUGGAAGAAAGACAACACUGAGGUCAAGAACAGUCCGACACAUGUUGUAAAGAUAGAGGGGGAACGCCACUCCUUGCUCAUCAAAUGGACAAAGCCAAGUGAUGCAGGAACAUACACGGUUACCGCUGUCAAUGAGGUCGGCGAGGUGUCCAGCAGUGCUACACUUUUUAUCAAAUCAGAGCCCAGUCAGGACCAGCGUGGUAACCUCGGCGUACCCAUGGACGUCAGCAGUCCCAUCACAUCUGAUGAGGAGUAUCUCAGUCCGCUGGAAGAGAGCAUGGACUUCUCCUCUUACAGGGGACCUGAGCCAAGAAAGAUCGUGGACACUCGAUUCAAGGAGCCUCCAGCCUUUCUGGCUGUUAUUGGAGACCAAAGCGUAAUAGAAGGUCAGGAGGUGACCAUGUCCGUUCUAGUGACUGGACAACCUAAACCCAUGCUCUACUGGCUGAGAGACAGAGUGACCAUUAAAACUGGAGCACGGCACAUUGUCCAAGAGACGGAAGAGGGCAACUUUGAUAUGAUAAUUAAAUCAGCACAGAAGUCAGACACCGGUGUUUACACCUGCAAGAUCAUCAAUGAAUAUGGAACUAAACAGUGUGAAGGCAAACUGGAGGUGAAAGCUCGUCCAGUAGAGCCAGGUCUGGCCAUCAUUCGACCAGUGAGGGAUGUAAUGGUGAAGGCAGGAGAGACCGCUCUGUUUGAGUGUCAUGUGAUCGGCCCGCAGGACACAGAUGUUGACUGGCUGUCAGAUGGGAAACUUAUUCAGCCUGCUCUGUUGAACUGCAAGAUGCAUUUUGAUGGGAAAAGGUGCAGGCUGCUUCUUAACUCUGUACAUGAGGAUGACAGUGGAACGUACACCUGCAAACUGAGCACGGCUAAAGAGGAACUGACCUCCAGUGCCAAGCUAAAAGUCAUAGCAUCCAUAGAACCUCUUUUCACUCGUAAGCUGGAUGUGCUGGAAGUUAUCGAGGGUCGUAAUGCACGAUUCGACUGCAAGGUCAGCGGGACGCCGCCACCUCAAGUCAUAUGGAGCCACUUCGACCGUCCGCUGGAGGAAAAUGAAGAUAUUCGGAUCUUAAAAGAAGGAGGUCGGCACUCAUUAAUCAUCUCUCAUGUUAGUAACGAAGAUGAGGGCCUCUACACGGUAGCAGCGCGGAACUCACACGGGGAAGACGAAUGCGCAGCGGAGCUCUAUGUGCAGGAGCCCAGACCAGCAAUAUCUUCUCAAAUAGCGAAGCUGGAAAAAAUGCCCUCCAUUCCCGAAGAACCUGAAGUUCCUGAAAAUGAGAUUGAGCGUUUCACCAUGCCUGACUUUGUGAAGCCCCUUUAUGAUAUGGAUGUAGUAGAGGGCAGAGAGGCUGUGCUCAGGUGCAAAGUGGCCGGCUUGCCAUACCCGACCAUAACCUGGUUUCACAAUGGCAAGAGAAUUGACAGCACGGAGGACAGAAAGAUGACACAGUUCAGAGAUGUUCACAGCCUGGUGGUCCGCUGUGUUUGUCAUGCUCACGGAGGGGUUUACAAGUGUGUCAUAUCCAAUAAGGUGGGCAAGGCCACCUGCUAUUCUCAUCUUUAUGUGACAGACAUCCUUCCUGACCCUCCAGAUGGUGCCCCAGUCAUUGAGUCCAUCACUGGCAAGACUAUCACGCUAAGCUGGAAGAAACCCAAAAGACUGGAUCCGUCCAUUGACCCCAGCUCCCUGAUGUAUGCCAUUCAGCAGCAGGCCCUGGGGUCGAUCCAGUGGACCAUCAUCGCUUCUUGCCUGAAACAGACCACCUAUACCAUCAGCAAUCUGUCUAAAGGUGUCCGCUACGCUUUCAGGGUGCUAUCAAUCACCAGCAAGGCCUUUAGCAAGCCGUCUCCUGCCACAGAGCCAAUGCAGCUGCUAGAUAGAGGUCCGUACGUUCAGGAGGCUCCUGUUAUCAUUGACAAGCCAGAUAUUGUGUAUAUGGUGGAGAAGCAGCCCUUGAGCAUCACAGUCACUCUCAACCACGUCAACGCAUCUGUCACAUGGAAGAGAGGAGGAGUGACAUUAUCAAACAGACCUGGUCUUUUUGAGUUGAGCAUGCCUGAUGAUGACCAACACACACUGAAGCUGUGUAAGGUGAAAAGCAGUGAUGUUGGCCAGCUCACCUGCAUUGCCAGCAACAAGUCUGGCAGCGAUUCUUGUGUCCUCACCCUGGAGAUGGCAGUGGCACCAACCUUUGAGACAAUCAUGGAAGACCUGGAUGUAAAUGUAGGCGAGACUCCUCGUUUUGCAGUUGUAGUUGAAGGAAAGCCUGUUCCAGACAUCCUCUGGUACAAGGGAGACACCCUGCUGUCCGAAAGUAGCCAUUUCACAUUCGUGUACGAUGACAAUGAAUGUUCUCUAGUGGUGCUCAACACUCAAGCAGACGACUCAGGAGUGUACACUUGUACUGCAAAGAAUCUGGCCGGUUCUGUGUCCUGCAAGGCUGAGCUGACCGUCCAUACCACCAAACGGUACAAAGAUGACCCGAUGGAGGAUGAGGCGUCCAUCCUCAGAAAGAUGCGGAGGCUCACUGAUUACUAUGAUGUGCACAAGGAAAUUGGGAGAGGGGCUUUCUCAUAUGUGAAGCGGGUGAUACAGAAGGCAGGAAAGGUGGAAUAUGCAGCCAAGUUCAUUUCUGCUCGGGCUAAACGAAAGGCAUCCGCUCUGAGAGAACUGAACGUCCUUUCUCAUCUGGACCAUGAGAGGAUCCUCUACUUUCACGACGCCUUUGAGAAGAAGAAUGCUGUCAUCAUCAUUACAGAGCUAUGCCACGAGGAGCUUCUUGAUAGGCUUACGAAGAAAACAACCAUCUUGGAGUCGGAGAUCCGAUCCAGUGUGAGGCAGCUGUUGGAGGGUAUUAGUUAUCUCCAUCAGCUUGACAUACUUCAUCUAGACAUCAAGCCUGAUAAUAUCCUCAUGGCAGACCACAGUAGCGAUCAGAUCCGCAUUUGUGAUUUUGGAAAUGCUGUAAAGUUCAUGCCCGAUGAGGCACAGUACUGCAAAUAUGGCACACCAGAAUUUGUCGCCCCAGAGAUUGUUAACCAGACACCCGUCUCCAAGGCAACGGACAUCUGGCCCAUUGGUGUUCUAACAUACUUAUGUCUUACUGGAGUUUCUCCCUUCGCUGGGGAAAAUGACCGCAGCUCUGUUCUCAACAUCAGGAAUUAUAAUGUGGCUUUUGAAGAAAGCAUGUUUACAGACCUCUGCCACGAAGCUAAGGGAUUUGUCAUUAAACUGCUGGUGGCUGAUAGAUUGAGGCCGGAUGCUAAUGAAUGUCUUCGCCACCCCUGGUUCAAGACACUCAACAAGGGUAAAAGCAUCAGUACAGAGUCCCUUAAAAAGUUUUUGUCCAGAAGAAAAUGGCAGCGAUCACUUAUCAGCUACAAAUCUAAGAUGGUGAUGAGGUCUAUACCUGAGCUACUGGAUGACUCCUCCAGCCAUAUUUCCAUUGCUGUUCCACGACAUCUGAAACAAGGCUCACCACCACUUUCCUCAUCUUCAGAUUCAGACGAAGACAUCGAUGAGUUGCCUUUUAUUCCCAUGCCGCUCAACAUGGAAUUCUCAGGAUCUAGAAUGUCACUGACCGAAAUUGUAGGUGAUGAUGACAUGACAGGUAAAUUGAAUGGAAAUGCUGAGAGGCCUGCUUCACUCCAUCCGAAGUCCGAGCCAAUGGAAGUGGAGAUGUCAGAGAGAGAAGGUGGAGAUCCAUCUGCUAGGGGUAGAGCCAAGAAGAGGUCUACACAAGAAGAUGAAAAAGGCUCAUCUGAUGAUGAACCAUCAGAACUGGCCAAAAGAGCUGAACCGGCAAAGAGACCAAUGCGCAGAGGUUCAAGCAUGGAGUCAGAUGAGCCAGAGGGAGGACGUCGCCGAGGAGAGUUACGCAGAGGGAGUUCGGCUGAUAGUGCCUUACAGCUCCAUAUCAAACCAGAGGAGGGCACAGAAGAAAGUCCUACUGAUGGAAGUAGAAUUCUACAAAAGUCUGUAUCCAUGGAGCUUCCAAGGAGAAGCCCAAGUCCAGGUGCUGCAAAGCUUAGCCAGGAAGACUACGCCCUGAAACUGGAACUGAUGAGGCAGCGACUUCUCAGGGGUGGCUCUGUUGACAACAAGAUGAGUGGAUUACGAGGCCCAUUGCUGGAGACAUUAGGUAUGGGAGAUGAGAAGCGGUUUGUUCGGGGAUCUCGUCUAGGUAACCCUCCACUUGUUAGAGCGGCAUCUAGUGAGUCACCUAGAGAUGACAUCCCAAAGACAAAGAUUCUCCGCAAGAGUGCUUCCUUUAGCCAGGGGGAUUCAGAGCCCAUGCCCCUGCACAGAAGGAUCGGAGCACCUCUAGAGAUCCCUCUGGCACAAAUAGAGGAGAGACGGCUACAGGAAGCAAUAUCCAUGUCUGCUCUCACAGAACCUGUCAAGGAUUCUCGCCCAAUCACUCCAAAACUUCAAAUGCCAGAACAAGAAAGACAUGAGAAGGAGAAAACUGAGGAAAAAGAAUCAGAAGUCUACAUAGACCGUAAACCUGAAGAGGUUAUUGCUGUGUCAAAGACUAAUGAGGAAGAAGGAAGAAGUGUUCAUCAGAAAUCUUGGGAUUCUGAUGCACUAAAAAAGGACCAGAGCAAGUCAGAGGAAACCAGGGAAGAGUCUGAAAAAGUAGCUGAAAUUGAAAUAAAGACCUCUAUAGUGAAAGAAACAACUGAGGAAGAGGAAACAAGAGAGGACGAGGAGCCAGAGAAAGAAACUGAGCCUCCUGCUCCAAAGAUUGAGGUUAAAGAAUAUGAGGAUGAUGUAAAGGUAUCACCAAAGUCUCCAGAGUUUAUCAUUUCCACAAACUCAAUCAUGGUGACCCCAACAGCUGCCCCAGCAUUCAGUCCACAGAGUGUCUCAACCUAUGUGACCCCAUCUCCCCCUGCACGCACAGUGCUCCCAGAUGGUAGGAUGUCUGCAUAUGCCAGUAUUAUGCAGACUAUCAUGGUACCAUCUGUCCCAGCAAACACCCAAGCUGACACUGUUCCUGUUCCUACACCAACUUCCACCCCACCAUCAGUUCCAGUCUAUGCACCCAUUUCCAGGCACAUCUCUGAACCUACCCUUUCAUCAACUUCUCCAUCCAAAUCAGAUCUUCACCAAACUACUGAGCAUCCUGCAGUCUUUUCUCGGGUUGCCUCCACUGAACACCCUCCCAAAGAGCCAAGUCCUCCUAAGACACCCACUCGCGCCUCCCCUAAGCGAGAGCCAUCUCCUGGAAGCAACAUCCAGGACCUUGCAUCCGAGGAGGUUUUUGAAGCUCGCUUUAAGAAGCGUGAGUCCUCUCUAACUCGUAGUCUCAAACGUUUCUCAUUUCAGAAGACUGAAGACAAGCCCUCCACUGUUUCUCCUGAAACUGCAGAAGAAAUGUAUCGCCCAGGACCAACCGGUGCUCCUUUAGAGUUUGUGCCAAGGAGGUUGGAGGAGAAGUCCAAAUCUGUACAAGAUCUUCGAGAGGCAGAAAAGGACCCUGGGUUCAUGAGGCGACUCUCCAUGCGCUUGAAAAGGACCCCAUCUGUGGAAAGACAGGAGGAGAAGCUCAAAGAGGAGGAGGCGUCAGCACCCAGGCGUCGUCUUUCAUGGGCACUGGGACGGAGGGGAUCCCAAGAGAAGAAGGAGAUUGAGAUGAUGCGGUUGGAUGGGGGUCCUGAGCCUCCUCCAGAGGCUGAGUCUAAAGCACCUUCUGAGUCACCUAUUCUUGCUAUGCGCAAGAAGAUUGGCAGCACCAUGGCAAGCUUAUCCACAAGAAUUAGGAGUCAUUCUGAGGACAGGAAAGAUGACAGUGAAGGCAAGAUGGAGAACAAGAGGACUCCUAUAUUUAACAUACUGAGGCGUUCCACUUCUGAGGGGGGCAGUCUGAAGAGGAUGGGUAUCCCACAAAACCAACUGGCGGCCCAGUCAGGAAAAGGGACCUCAUCAGAAUCUCUCGAUUCUAUGUCCAGCAUCCAGUCAGAAUCAGCAAUUAAAAGUGCAGAACUUGAGCGUAGAUCACGCUGGGACCGCUGGGGCUUGACUCGAGGGAAAAGGGACAAGACAGUUUCCCAACCAGACAUCCCAGCUUCCAUUGCUAGAGAGAAUGGCUCUCUACGGUCUCGCCAAUACACACGUCUAACAUCUGACUUCCCUCCGGUGUUUCAUAUCAAACUGAGGGACCAUGUACUCUUGGAGGGAGAUCCUGUCACUCUCAGCUGCCUCCCUGCUGGCAGUCCUCACCCACACAUCUCAUGGAUGAAAGAUAAGAAACCACUUGAGAUCGACCCCAGGAUGAAUAUGAUAUCCUGUCCUGAUGGAAGACAACUGCUGAUGAUUAUGAAGACCACCAAGAAGGAUGCAGGCCUUUAUGAAUGUGUGGCUGCAAACCCACUGGCCACAGUCACCAGCUCAUGCGUUGUGUCCCUUGCUCGUCUGCCUAAUAGUCCUGGGACACCUGAAGUUCCUCAGAAGUAUAAAAACACUGCUCUAGUGGUAUGGAGACCCUCAGACACCACGGCACCCUGCACCUACUCUCUGGAGAGGAAGACAGAGGGUGAGAAUAACUGGCUGAUAGUCGCCACAGGUGUUGCUGACUGUUACUAUAAUGUGUUGGAUCUUCCGGCCGGAGCUUCAUACAGGUUCAGAGUGGCCUGUGUCAACAAGGCUGGUCAGGGACCUUACAGCAGCUUGUCUGAAGUAGUGGUCCUGGACUCAACAGCACCCCAGAAGUCCAGUGGCACAGUUGUAGUCAAAACGCUUUCAACGACUCCAGCUCCUGCAGUGGUAACGUCCACCAUGACCCUUCCUGCAAUGAAGCCUGCUGCGAUAAAACCAGCACCACCAACAACUUCAGCACCCUCUACAGUCCAACCGGUAAAGCCUGCGCCUCCUCCUGCAUCAUCAACACCUACCUAUCGUCCCGUGCCUGACAUCCGAACUCCAUCGCCUGGCACUCCAACCCCUGCCAAAGCCAAAAGCACCCUCAACAUCACUAUGGCCAAACCCUCCCCAGCAUCCCCUGCAGCUCAACCACAACCUCCACCCAAACCCUCACCUCCGGUCAUUCUGCCCAAACCUCAGACCCCUGUCAGUGUGGUUUCACCUCCCUCUCAAACACCUCCAGUGUCACCUCCACCUCUAGUGUCUCCUCCUCCUGUUAUUGGUAAACCAAUCUCCUCAGUGCCCAUGUAUGUCCCAGCUACAACCACCUCGACUCCAGUGACUCCGGUCACUCCAGUCACCCCAGUCACUCCAGUCACCCCAAAUACGCCCUCUCCUGCCGUGUCGCCUCCAGUGGUGUUGGUUACAAGUCUGAGUCCUGUAGGGGAAGGAACUGGGACACCCAAUCGAAUGACCCCUAGUGGAAGAGCCACGCCUUCUGGACGCAUCACUCCAUCAGGCCGAAGGACCCCUAUUGGAAAGCCUGGAGACUCAACACUGAGGCAAGGAGUCCCUCAGAAACCAUACACAUUCAUGGAUGAGAAAGCAAGGGGUCGUUUUGGUGUGAUUAGAGAGUGUCGAGAAAAUGCCACUGGUAACCUGUACAUGGCUAAGAUUGUGCCGUAUGAGCCUGAGAGCAAGCAGAACGUAUUACAGGAGUACGACAUCCUGAAGUCCCUCCAUCAUGAGAAGAUCAUGGCUCUCCAUGAGGCCUACGUCACUCCACGCUACCUGGUGCUCAUCUCUGAGUGCUGCUCCGGCAAAGAGCUGCUCUACAGUCUCAUUGACAGGUUCCGAUACUCUGAGGAUGAUGUGGUUGCGUAUAUCGUACAGAUCCUUCAGGGUCUGGACUACCUGCACAGCCGGAGGAUCCUGCAUCUGGACAUCAAACCAGAAAAUAUCAUUGUCACUUACAUGAAUGUGGUGAAGAUUAUCGAUUUUGGUAGUGCACAGACCUUCAAUCCUCUGUUCCUGAAGCAGUUCUCCCCACCCAUUGGAACACUGGAUUAUAUGUCUCCAGAGAUGCUGAAAGGAGAUGUUGUGGGUCCACCAGCUGACAUCUGGAGCAUUGGCAUAUUGACAUAUAUCAUGCUCAGCGGGAGGUUGCCGUUCACAGAAAAUGACCCUGCCGAGACCGAGGCCAGAAUACAGGCAGCCAAGUUUGACCUCAGUAAGCUUUACCAAAAUGUGUCCCAAAGUGCCUCUCUGUUCAUCAAAAAGAUCCUGUGCAGCUACCCUUGGGCCCGUCCGACCAUCAAGGACUGCUUUACCAACUCGUGGCUGCAGGACGCGUAUCUGAUGCGCCUGCGGAGACAGACUCUCACAUUCACCACCACACGCCUCAAAGAGUUCCUGGAGCAGCAGCAGCACAUCAGAGCCCAAGAGGCAACAAAGCACAAAGUCCUCCUGCGUUCCUACCAGAGCAACCCACAAACCCCAUCCACCCCUCAGUGAGCUCCAGCACGGCAUGAGACAUGAGGCCACGGCUCCGGGGUUCUCCAGGACGCGGACAGAGAGAGACACAACCUCAGGACAUCCCACUUUAUGUGUGUUUACGCAGAUCAAGCACAGGAGUUUAACCAAGCUGGGGUCAGUUCUGAAACCAGAAACACACACACACAUACAAAACAUCCAGAAACAGAAACAGCAUUUACCUCCAUUAGCUGUGGCCAGCAUGCACGGUGUUUAUUGUCCCGGAUGUUGUUCUUACUUUACGCUCCUUUAACAAAAGCAGUUUGAAUCUCCAGUGAGGGGUCAGAUGAACUUUAGAUUCGUUCUGCUUGAUAAGAGCGACUGUAUUUUGUACACAAAACUAAGAAGACAGCAAUCUAGUCCCUCACUUGAUGCAAAAAAUGUUACGUCGAUGUGUUUUUUGUGGCGUCUUCCAGGGCCUUGAGAUUUGUGGACAAAAAAAUGGUGUAUAUCUUUUUUGAACUAGUUUUUAUGGCAUAAGUAGUACUUUUAUUACUGCUAGUUGUUAUACAGUAGUGAUUAUCAGUACCAAACAAACAAAAAUGAAGAAAAACAAGAUGCUUUUUUGUCUUUUACUACAGUGUUUUGACCUUAACCGAAGUGGAUUGACUUUAUUGUAAUAUCAAAAGGCCUCACAGCUUUAGGGAGUGAUUCUUUUGGCAAGAAUUCCCUGUACGGUUUGGCUAAUCAGCUUUUUUUUUUGAUAUGUUGAAGUCUAAGACCAGGAAUGUAUUAUAUAUUUCAGUGCAUACAGUAGCAUUCAGCAUGCAUCUGUGAAUAGCAUAUGGACAGAACUGUCAGUUUUCAGACUCUGAAGCUGUUUUACGUAGAGAUCAGAUGGGUUAAGAUGUGCCUGGAAACUACCUAAAGAUUUUUGGAUGUGUGUUAGAAAAGUGACUUUUUUUUCUGAAGGGACUAGAAUAUGUUGUAUAACACAUGUUAGCUGCUGCCGUGAAUGUUUGAGAGUCUUUAGUCUAUUAUUUGAAGAGGGUUUUUGCUGUAAGAUUCAUUUAUACUCAUGAAUGAGAGUAACUUUAUAUUGAAAGCGAUCUAAUUUUUGACCUAAAUAACACAGGAUAUAUAUUAACGAUAUUAAAUACAUCAAAUAUAUUGAUCACAUAAAAAAUCUGAGAUUUUUAAUUACUAGAAGAAGGUGUGUUCUUUGACUUAUGUCCAUUUUGACAUUUAAUGAAUCCAAAAAUACGAGUUUUAAUCUUGAUUUCAUUAUAUUAUAGACAUCAUUAUGUUACUUUCAUAGUUUUAUCUUGAUUUAUUUUUGAACAGUGUGGUGAACAGAGUCAGUAUUCUAUUUUUUAUUUCUUUGUGUUUGUUUAGUUAAUUUAUCUAAUGAACAAAUGACGAUUGUGUCAGUCACAUCGAUAAAAUAAUAGAAAUCACAUUCACAAAGUAGCUAAAGUUAAAAAUAAAGUCUCUUUAAAAACUAAUGGUACAGAUAUUUUUAAAAACAAAAUAAAAACUAAAUUCAUUCUCUGUUUUUCAAAGAGGUUGAGCUGCAAAAGUUUGCGUUGAAUUUAAUGUUAUCAAAAAACAAGUAGUGUAUGGUUUAGUUAGGAAGAAUCAACUAGUUAUUAUUAAUUUGUAUCAAUUUUGUCAAUAAUAAUAAUAAUAAACUAGUCUGGCGAGUAUUAUAAAAUCGAAUGUAAUCUACUUGUUUAAAUUUUGGAAUCGGAUUACAUCUAGAUUACAUCUACACUGUAAAAACUGCUUGGUUCCACACAAUCAAUUUGUGUUGGGACAACAUGAAGGAAUUAAGUUAACUUAUUAGUUUUUACAAAUUUAAGUGGAUUGAACAUAAAACAUUUAAGUUGUCGCAACAAAAACUCAAGAAUUGUGUUAUUUCAGUAGUUUGAACAAACGUCAUAUUUUUGAGUGUAGAUUACAUGUGAUAAGAAACUGUCCAGUACUUGUGAAUAUAACUUUUCAACAGAUUUCAUAGGCUAAAAAUGGGUCUUUGUGAGUGUAAUUACCAUUGAAUUAUUUUUAAAACCGGUAGUGACCUCAAACAGCAGGAAAACACAUUAUUUUUCACAAAUAUUGGCUUCGACAUAGCUCUCAAACUCGAUUCCUGUAGGGCCGCAGCUCUGCGCAGCUUUGCUCCAACACCUAAUCAAACACAGCUGAUGCAACUUAUUAGGGUGUUCAAGACUACUAGAGACUAUUAAGCAGGUUUGAGUUGGAAUUGGUUGGAACUAAACUAUGGAGAGCUGCGGCCCCUCAGGAAUUGAGUUUGAGACCAUUGGCUUAGAUUGAAUGAAUGACUUAGUGUUUAUUGCCAUACUUGCGCACAUUUAUUUUCAUCCACUUUGCAUAAAUGCCAACAUUUUGGGUUUGUUCUUCUAUCUAAUUUGUUUAUUAUUUGGCUUUGGGGGUUAUUCAAAUAUGCGCAAGAACUACAACUGAGAACAAAUGGAAUCACGAUCAAGAGGAACGAAUUCUGUUGUUGUGAAUAAGAUAUGAUGUUAUUUGAGGUGUGUUGGUUCGUUCACUUCUCUUUCAGUCAUGCCGAGCAACCCUUUAAUGUGAAACUAAAUCGAGCUUUUCUGGAAUGAAUUAUGUUGCACUAAAACAGUGACAAUGUGGAGAUAAAAUGAAUGUUUUACAGUAGAAUGAAGUGUGUAUAUGUCGAAAACGUGACUUUUCUUGAAUAAAAUCUGCUGUCAGCAAUA